AUGACAAUAUUAUUAUUGUUAACAUAUUGGUGUUUUAUGAUUUUUAUACUUUCAAAUGGUUUGUCUCAUCGAUUGUACAAUACUGCUGAAGUAUUUCAACGCACUGAUACAUUCGAUUGUUUUGAAGAACUUGAAUUGCGACGAUAUAAGAGUGCUAAGCCUGAUCUCAAUGUAGAUGUAGCGUCUUAUCACUAUUGUCGUCGUCUAUCAGUACCCAACAACAAUUACGUUCAAGAACCAUUCAAUAGAACAGAUAUACAACUGAAAGGUCAUCGAAUUAUCUCUUUUCAAGAGCUUCGUGAUUUACUUAUCAACACUGAUCAAUUGAUGAAAUGGCGCGCACCUAUGGACACCAUAGAAGAUUACGCUUUAGGUCAAGUUGAAGGUUGGUUCAUGAAUUGUUCUGGUUCAUGGUUUGGCCCUCGGUGUCAGUAUACACUCGAUGUUGAUUUUGAUGGAGCAUUUUAUCGUGUACUUGAAGACCAUCUCCGAUUGAAAUCACGUACAGAAGAUGUAUUAGCAAUUACAAAUGGUUCUUGUUAUAUUCUCGAUGAAUGUCAAUCGACAAUAUGUCUUGAUUGGAGAGAAAUAUGUGAUGGUAAGUGGGAUUGUACAAAUGGCGUUGAUGAACAUGAUUGUUAUUUACUGGAAAUGAAUCAAUGUGAUAAUUCGAGUGAAUAUCGUUGUUCAAAUGGACUUUGUAUUCCAAAAGGAAUGUAUUUAGAUGAAACACCUGAUUGUAUGGACGAAUCAGAUGAAAUUAUUAAUAAAUUAACACAUAUUAACUGUUUUCGUGAAGCAAGAAAUAGAGAAUGUGACGAUUUUCAGUGUGCAAAAAUGCAAUUCUCAUGUGGUGAUGGUCAAUGUCUUGAUCUUAAUAAUGAUGAAAAUGAAGUAUGCCGUUCUCAACGAGAUUUACUCUAUUUAUCUCAACUUAAAUCAAAAUUAACUAUGAAUCAUUCAAUCUUUUUUGGACAUGUUACAUUAGAACAAGGAAAUAACAAUUCAAUCAUAUAUUUAUGUUACAAUAUUACACUCUGCCCAAAUCUAAUAACUAUGAAUCCGAAUGGUAAAUCAUCGAGAACAUGCGUUACAUUGACUAAUUUAACGACCAAAUUCAUGUAUAGUAUUUCUGAUGAAAUGUUGAUUGAUAUUUAUCAUCGUAUAAGACAUUCUUGUUCAGUAACAUUCUUACCAUUAUCAAUCGAAUGUAAUUUAACAAACAAAAUGUAUCAAUGUCGUGAUGGUCGAUGUAUAUCAAUGCAUCGUCUUCAGGAUGGUCGAAGUGAUUGUACAAAUGGUGAAGAUGAAGAAUCAAUGGAUGUCUGUUCUUUGCAAAUGUCUUAUCGAUUUCCAUGUGAUAAUGAUCGACGAUGUAUUUCACAAUAUCUUCUCAUUGAUCGUUAUAGAGAUUGUGCCGAUGGAAGUGAUGAAAUUAUACCAAAGUCGAUAUUUAGAUAUGCACAUUUGGAACGAAAUCGUAUAUUUCGUCAGUUCAAACCUCGAUAUAAUGUUGUUUUUCAAGAAUUAUGUAAUGGUAUCAUUGAGCGUACGGAUGGUUCGAACACAGAUGAAACAGAUUGUUCAUUGGAUGAUUGGCCAUGUCAAAGGUCGUUAACGAUUGGUGAUGGUGUUUGGAAUUGUCCUGACGGACGUGACGAAUUAACUGAGACAUCAAGUUUCGCAGUAUUAACAUCUCGUUAUUGUUCAAACGAACAACAUUUCUGUUUGAAUAUCACAGAUGGUAAUCCUAUGUGUCUGCCGGUAACACGUGCCGGUGAUGGACAUAUCGAUUGUUUGGGUUCGAGUGAUGAACGAGAUUUUUGUCGUCGAACUUAUUCCCAUAGUCGAGUCCAUCGAUAUCGAUGUAUGAAUAGCAGUGUUUGUAUUUCACCGUAUCAACUUUGUGAUUGUAAACAAGAUUGUGAAUGGAAUGAUGACGAAACAUUAGCCUGUGAUUGGCUUUAUAAUGAACAAAAACCGAUCUGUAACCCGAAAUUGUUUCGCUGUCGUGAUGGAAGGAUUUAUGAAGAAGCGUACAGUCGAUGCAACGGUCGUUUCAGUUGUGUCAGUGGUGAGGACGAACUUUUUUGUGAUCUCAUUGACAAGUUUUCGAUAGAAUAUUCUUCAAACCAAGAUGAAGGCAAAAAUUCUCGGUCAGUGGCAAUAGUUUACCCAAAACCUAGAAGAAAUAACAGUGAUACGAUUGCGUGGUAUUGUAAUCGAGGUGUUUAUGCGCGUUCUUCAGAUGUAUUACCGUAUGGUCAAUCAAAUUAUUGUUUUUGUCCACCAAAUUAUUAUGGUGACCGAUGUCAAUUUCAACGUAAACGACUUUCAUUAAUUAUUCAACCAGUAACAACCAGCAUACUCGUUGAUAGUAAUCUUUCGUUUCAACGCUCUUCGUUAAUGUUUACAAUCAUUGUUUUAUUUGUCGACAAUAAACAUGGAACAAUCAUCGAUCAUAAUCGCAUAAAUUACUUGGUUGGUCACUAUUGUUUGCCCAGAUAUGACAUUAUUUUUCGAUAUCCAAUUACUAAAAAGAAUAAUAAUGACCAUUUAAAUCAUUCUGUACAUAUUUAUACAUUUCAAUCGGAAGGAUUAGCAUUACAUGGGUAUUGGAAAUUGGAUUAUGUUCCAUUUGCUUUUCUCCCUGUAAAUCGUAUUGUGACGCGAUUAAAAAUCAAUCGCACACCUCUCGAUCUACAUCAUUCGAUUCCAUUUUUAUCUAACGCGAACAAUUGCACAUGUUCAAACAAAUCUAUCUGUAUUAUGGGUAACGAUGGUAAUCAUGUGUGCGUAUGUUCACUUGGUUACGUUGGUCGUCGAUGUGCAAUCUCACAUAAUCCGUGUGUGUCAGAUGAUGGUACUGUAAACGAAUGCCAGGGUAAUGGUCAAUGCCUUUUGUAUGAUGAAAGAUUUGCGUGGGGAGAUUCGGUUUGUGUAUGCAAUAUUGGUUGGAAAGGUGAUGGUUGUCAAACAUCGUCUAAUCAAAUGAAUAUAACAUUCGAUCAUCGAAUACCUAUGCCAUCAUUGUCAACUAUUUUUAUUCAUGUGCUAUAUGCUCAUGGAAUGUACGAACCACAAUCAUAUACAUUUCUGCGAGAACUUUCACAAAAUAAGAAAGGAUCUAUUAGUAAUUUAGUAUUUAAUUUCUCGGCAGAUAUUAUAUUCAGUAAUACAAUUUACAUUCGACUUUACGAACAUCGAGAUUUAUUUGCACUUUACUAUUCAUCCCAACCAGAUAAACAUACACCAAUAAUAGCAGGACUGGAAUUUCAUAUCAACGAAUCCAGUCGAUGUUUGCCAAUUCGUGACUUAUUGAAAAAAUCGAUAUCUAAUGCACCACCCUUGAAACGUGCUAAAUACUUUCAUCAAUUGUGCAAAGAACGGCAAGGCACUCUCGGGUGUUUCUAUGACAGUCAAUUGAUAUGUCGAUGUGGAAAUAAUCAUAAUGCUAUUUGUUUCAAUUUUGAAACAAGUUGGUCAUCGCAUCGAUGUACCGAACGAACGUGUAACAAUCGUGGAAUUUGUGUUCAAGAUCAGAUUGAUUGUCCUACGCACUCAGUAUGUAUCUGUGAUCCGUGUGCGGAUGGUCCUGAUUGUGAAUUUAAUACUCGCGGUUAUUCUAUCUCACUCGAUGCUAUCAUUGGAUCAAAUUACCAUCAGUCAACCGUUAUCCGUACAAGUAUUAUAGUAUUGAUUGCAUUGAUUACUGUUGGAUCUCUUCUUAACUUUCUUGCUAUCGGCGUGUUUUCUCAAAAUACAAUACGAAAUACCGCGAGCGGAUUUUAUCUACUAAUUUCGUCGUUCAUCGGUCUGUUCACUCUGCUGAUACUCGGUGCAAAAGUAUCUCUACUGCUUAGUACUUCAGUUCGUCGAAUGCAUACGAAUGUUAGCUGUGCUUUGAUCGAGUUCUUUCUUAAAUGGUUCUUAGCAGCUAAUGAAUGGCUCGACGUGUGUGUGGCUGUCGAACGUGCACUUACAAUUUUAAAAGGCGCAGCAUUCAAUGCAACUCGAAGUAAACGAAUUGCUAAAUGGAUUGUCAUUGCUGUACUCAUUCUACUUGGAUGUUUAUCAUCAGUCGAACUUGUUUUCCGUCGCGCAUUGCUUGACCAACAAGACGGUCGUGUAUGGUGUGUUUUGACACUUGAUCGAGAUCAACAUGCUCUCAUGCAUAUUUUGUAUGCAGCCUACAAUAUUCUUCUGAUUGUUUUACCAUUGAUUAUUAAUUUGUCGAGCGCAGCUAUGAUUAUACGAGGUACUGUACAAUCAAAGCAACGAACAAAGAAAGAAAAGGACACACACUUGCAAUUAAUUGUGAAAAAAGAGAUUUCAAAACACAAACAUAUUAUAAUAGGACCAUUAGUUCUCGGUCUCCUUGCCAUUCCUCGUCUUGUAUUCACUUUUAUCUUUGUUUGUACUAAACUCAAUCGACGUCCAUUUCUCAAUUUCUUUGUAUAUCUUCUUGGCUUCUUACCGUCAAUUGCUAAUCUUUUUGUUUUUGUCUUACCCUCGACAUUGUAUAAUACAGCGCUACAUACCUUUAUUAAACAACGUCUAUCUAAUAAUCUUAUGGCUGUUGUCCGCUGCCAGCGAGUUUAA